UUGAGAGUUUAUGAGGAACUGUAGCUGAUCUCAGCAUAGUGGGGCUUGAAAGUUGAUUACUUUUUCCUUUUUCAUUUUUCUUGUCCUAUUUAUUCAUGCAAAACAUCUCCAAACUUCUAUUCUUAUUCACCUUUUCUUCCUUUUCCUGCUGCAUCAAACUGGUCAAUAUGGGAGCAAAAGCCUUUCUUGUCGCCUUUUUCCUGUCAUCGUUGUUAUUUCCUUUGGCCUUCUCCACAUCAAAUGAUGGCUUGGUUAGAAUUGGUUUAAAAAAGAUGAAAUUUGAUGAAAACAAUCGACUUGCUGCUCGCGUCGAGUCCAAGGAGGGGGAAGCUUUGAGGGCCUCUGUUAGGAAGUACAAUUUCGGUGGUAAUCUUGGGUCAUCCGAGGAUACAGACAUUGUAGCACUGAAAAACUAUAUGGAUGCUCAGUACUUUGGGGAGAUUGGUGUUGGCACUCCCCCUCAGAAGUUUACUGUGAUCUUUGAUACUGGUAGCUCUAAUUUGUGGGUGCCUUCAGCAAAGUGCUACUUCUCAGUUCCCUGCUUUUUCCAUUCCAAGUAUAAGUCAAGCCAAUCAAGUACUUAUAAGAAAAAUGGGAAGUCUGCUGCAAUUCAUUAUGGCACUGGAGCAAUAUCUGGAUUCUUCAGUCAAGAUAAUGUCAAAGUUGGUGACCUUGUUGUGAAAAAUCAGGAGUUCAUUGAGGCGACUAGAGAACCCAGUGUGACAUUUUUGGUAGCCAAGUUUGAUGGUAUAUUGGGUCUUGGAUUCCGUGAGAUUUCUGUUGGAAAUUCUGUUCCAGUAUGGUACAACAUGGUCAAACAGGGUCUUGUCAAGGAGCCUGUCUUCUCAUUUUGGCUCAACCGAAACACUGAGGAAGAGAAAGGCGGUGAAAUUGUGUUUGGUGGGGUUGAUCCUAACCACCAUAGGGGAAAACACACUUAUGUCCCAGUCACACAGAAAGGUUACUGGCAGUUUGAUAUGGGUGAUGUUCUGAUCGAUGGCCAAGCUACUGGUUACUGUGAGGGUGGAUGUUCUGCAAUAGCGGAUUCGGGAACUUCUCUCUUGGCUGGUCCAACGACUAUAAUCACUAUGAUUAAUCAUGCCAUUGGGGCCUCCGGAGUUGUUAGCCAACAAUGCAAAGCUGUUGUUCAACAGUAUGGGCAAACAAUAAUGGAUAUGCUUUUAACAGAGGCACACCCAAAGAAGAUUUGCUCACAGGUUGGAUUAUGCACUUUUGAUGGAACUCGAGGUGUUAGCAUGGGCAUUGAAAGUGUUGUAGAUGAGAAAGCUGGCAAAUCUUCUGGACGGAAUGAUGCUAUGUGCUCUGCUUGUGAAAUGGCGGUUGUUUGGAUGCAGCACCAGCUUGGACAGAACCAGACUCAAGAACGCAUUUUGAACUACGUGAAUGAGCUCUGUGAGCGACUUCCAAGCCCAAUGGGACAAUCAGCUGUUGACUGUGGAAAGCUUUCUGGCAUGCCUUGUGUUUCCUUCACAAUUGGUGGCAAAACGUUUGACCUCUCUCCCGAGGAGUACAUACUCAAGGUGGGCGAGGGUCAGGCAGCACAAUGUAUUAGUGGCUUCACUGCUUUGGACAUUCCUCCACCCCGUGGACCCCUCUGGAUCUUGGGGGAUGUCUUUAUGGGUCGAUACCACACCGUCUUUGAUUAUGGCAAACUUAGAGUGGGAUUUGCAGAAGCUGCUUAAUGAAAUAAAAAAAAAGCAAGCCUUCCCACCCCCUGUUCCCUUGCUCCCAGAUGUUGUUGUGUAGUGACUUGCCCUUAAGUAGGUCAUUAGCAAAUGGAAUUGUGGAAGUGUGGAUCAGAAGGUAUUGCAAGAGAAAAACCUUGUAAAUAUUGGCUUCUCCGUGACUGGAUAUGUAGUACUAUUAGGGGCAUGCUUGUUCUCUCUUUUUUCUUUUUCUUUUUUCCGUGUGUUAUAAUAUAUACUUAUAUAUAUAUCAUGGCGUAAUAUAGGUGAAUG